AUGAUGAUUUCAUCGCUUCCCGCUAUCGGGAUUUUCAUGCUUCUUACAGAUAUCACAAAUGCUGCAUUCAAACCUCCAUUCAACAAUACCCUGGAAAAAGGAGUAGCAACAGAAUGCAAGACUUGUCCCUAUACACUUUGUACCAACAAGGAAUUUUACGACUACGGUACUGUCGCAACGCUCAUAUGCUGGACCAGCGGAACAGUAAUCGAUGGCGAUAGUACAUGGUUGAGAACAAGCGACGACUGCUACAUCACCCAAUAUGACCUCCUCGACUACGCCGGAGAAUAUGAAACUGAUCUCAGCUUCUGUGGUGAAGAUUCUACAGUCGAGCAUAUAACUACCGGCCCAGCAACCACAAAAUACAAUACCGAAUGCAAUAUCUGCGAUGAUAACACAAGUUGCGAGGUUGUAAAAUAUUUGAAAUAUGGCACUGAUAUCACAGUGACUUGCUGGACUGAUUUGGGAGCUAAGGUGAUUAAUGAUAGUACCUGGCUGAAAACAACGGAUAAUUGCUACGUCGCAGAAAUUGGUCUCGAAGAACCCGCUGACAAAAGCAACCUCGAUUAUUGCGGUCCAGUCGGCUUCGUCCAAUUGAACUACACCAGCCAAAGAAAACGCUCAUCCGUCCCCUUAAAUCACGAUGAAGAAUCCUACCACCCUCUUGUCAAACACUCGCCUCCUCUCUCUCAUAAUCUCAACAAACGCUAUCUUCUCAAUCUCACCGUAGGUGAAGAUUAUGCUAGUUGCUAUAGUACGCCCAGUUCGUCGGGUCACUUGGAGAGAGAAUAUGAGUGGGAUCACGGGGUUUGGGUGCAGUGUUAUCAGGAUGCCGUGUCGACCAAUCCAAAUGAGACGAAUUGGUAUCUUACGACGGAUUUCUGUUAUGUGAGGGAGGUGGAUUUUUGGGAGAGCUUGUUUGAUCAAUAUCGAUUCCCGGCCUGCUACCGGUUUGAGAAUGGAAGUGGAGAUAACAAUGUAAGUGGAGACGAAGCUGAGAGUACGAUUGACGCUCAGGUUGCUCCUGCUGGGAAAUAG